AUGUCUUCUUCAAGCGACUUUCCGAUUGACUAUAUCGAUUUUGGAGGCGAUCUGGAUUCCUCGUCCGACGCUGCGUUCAAGAGACUGACUUUCAUCGGAGCUUCAGCAGUUAGUCUCCUAUGUUACGAAACGCCAAGCGAAUUAAGCAAUAUACUACAAAAGAACCCAAAAUAUCAAUUCGUCAAGAAAAAUGACAUUAUUUCCGACGUGUGGUCGCUAUCUUCUACUAUAAGCGGGCCUGGUGAUCUUGAUAAGGUAGAUCCAGACUCGGCACCAUUAAUUGCCUGGUCUGUUCGGCUUCAGGUGCUUUACUUAGGCUUUCGUGGUAGCUAUAGCACCACAGAUGCUUGGACGGAUAUUGAUGUGCGGCAAUCUUCAACGCCUGCUUUAGCAUCUAAAUUUCAUUCGGGGUUUUUGCUCCGCGCGAAAUAUUAUUCGGAAUUAAUCAGACAGCUGGCUAAGAGAUACAAGGUGGUGAUAUGCGGUCAUAGUCUUGGGGGAGCUGUAGCGACUAUUGCCGCUUAUCACGCUAUCACUGAAGAUAGUGAUAUAAGUUCCGUGAGAAAUGUUUGGAAUACUAAAGUAACGUCAGAUAGCGAUUCUCAAGAAGAAUAUGAGAUAAACUUAUCGCCUAGAAUCUCUGUUAUAACAUUUGGCGCACCAUCCAUGAUGGUUCUCGAGCCAUUUGGCACUACCGCCACUCCCCCAAAAUGUUUUACAAAAAACUUCCACCACAUCAUUAACCGUGACGAUAUUGUACCCUUCAUAUUAAACCAGGCCUCUCAAAAAGCCAAGGAGGUGAUGGAUGCCACCCAUAAAGUUCUAACAAUUUGGCCCGAUGCUAAAGUCUUUUUUGGGAUCCUACUCAAACUCUUUCAAUCCUGGGCAGAGGCCAGACAGCCGUUCGCUCACUACGGCGUCAUAUACUUGAUCGACCCUGUUGAAGGAGACAGUACUGGCAUUAUCCAAUGUUAUGCUAUUAUUACGUCUCGACAAAUACCGCAAACUCCGAAGGUUGAUUUAAGAUUUCAUUCGAUGGAGCAUUAUAACCGAUGUCUUGAUAAGACAUUAACGGACCGAAAAGAACUUCCAGAUAUAUCAACUGACCUUUCAACUACCCUAACCUCAACAAAAUUCUGUAGAGACCUUCUACCAUUGCCUGAGAUUAUCAAAGGCUGUAAAGGGGUCGUUUAUCCCACCAAAGUCGUCAUAUCAUGUCCUAUUAGUCCAGAUCUACUUCAAUUCUGUACAAAGAAUGUUUCUUUCGAGAUCGGCCCGAAAUGGAGAAACAGUGAAAUUUACAAGUCAGAGAAGAAGUUUGGGAAAAGUACUAUCGAUGCCAGCCAGACCACCCUUGAAAUCACUUAUAGCAUGCUUCCCAACACGCCCGGAGAAGCUUUGUUCGACAUGGCGGAUGCUAUAGAGCGUACCCUACAACUACACGAUUCGUUUGGUCGAGUUCUGCCGCUCGAAGUAUCAAGGUUACAAAGGCCACAGCUGAACGCCACCCACUUUCAAACAACCUAUGAAUCCAUCCGCAACGCUAUGAUAAUUGCUUUUGCAAAUCAAAUAGCCAAAGUUCAAAAUCUAAAGCGGAACGGGAGUCAAAAUCAGGAAGCCCUUCUACAGGCCGGGGUUCUUACCGAAGAUGCAAGAGCCACAGCCGAAGUAGUGGACUCCCUCGUAGCUAAUGCAACUCCCAGCCUCAUCAAGAAGAACUUUGCCAACGCCUCCAAAAUAGUUGAGAGUAUUUGGAAUUCUUCGAAUGAAACAGUUCCCUUGAAAAUUGAAAAUCCCUCUGGAAUAACGGCACUGAAAUCUGAACCUUGCGUCGAUGAACUACAAGACUUCCUAGACAAAGUUAUACAAGCGUUUCAAGAACAAAACAAACUGCCUAUGGGCUUCUUCUCGACAAUUCUUGGAGGAAAGCCUCAAGGAAAGGGUUGGGAGAGCACGGGAGUGUUUUCCAAGGUCGUUUCAUGCUCUAAAAGAAUCACUUUCGUAGAGACAUUGGAAUCCUUCGGUCGAGAAUUAUAUAGUCGCGAGGUUGACUCAGAAGAUCGCAUUGACCGGGCUAGUGUUCAAUCUGGUCGAGUGAUCUUGAUCAUGCGCUUCUGUCAUACAGUAAUCCUCACGCAACUCGACCCACCUAUAGACUUCUGCAUCAAGUUCAACAAUUUGGUCGUAUCGGCUAUCACAUCGGGGACUAUCACAGUCGGACGAUCUGUUUUAGCUGCUAGUGGUUGGACAUAUCUUAGCUACUUCUUCGGGAUCUAUACUGGCUUGCUUGCUUUAAAUUGGAUAGGAUUGGUGGUCGAAUACUUAACAAAUCAUACUGUCCAAGUUCAAGAAGGAUUUGACAAAAUGCUUCAAGUAUCUAUCCAAACACUCAAACUUCAAGUAUCAGAGCCAACCAGUCCAGAAUUUACGAUCACGGACUUGUUAGAGCCAGAUUAUCAAAACUCGGGCGACCGUGAUACUCAAGAAAAGUGGCGGAAACGACUCGAUGACGGACUGAGGAAUAUGCCACGAAGCCAAAAGAGAAACCAGCAGUGGGAAGCUGAUAAGAUUUACCGCAGUAAGCACUAUCCAAUAGCAACCAUAUCCUGGUCGAAAUGGCUUUUCGAUGUGGCGAAAAUAGGAAAAUUGCGCAGGAGCGCAAUCAGCCAGCUCUAUAUUAGCGUCGAGGGUACAACCGGGGUUGGUAAAAGCACAUUACUGACUACACUCACUGCUGCGUCCCGAGAUACCUUCAAUCCAGGGCUCACAGCGAGCUCCCGAACUACUGAAAUGCAGUCGUACACGCCACCAGGGCUAGCAACAGUCUUCUGCGACUGUCCUGGCUCAGAUGACGUAAACCCAGAAAUCAGAAAAAUGGCUCGACUCUUCCGCGGGCUGAUGAAUGUCAUAAUCUUCGUCGUCCCAUUCGAUCAGAUACGUUCCAAAGGAACAAAUGCCGUCUUCGACGAAAUUACACAUUUUAUUCGGGAGAACAAACAGCCGCGACCCUUUCGUAUCCUCCUAGGUAAGGCGGACCAAGUCGAAUACGACGACACUCUAGCAGAUCUUACCUACAAAUUUACCAAACUCAAAAAAGAGGCAAUUCAGCAUAUCAGUAAAGAGGGCAAGUUCGCCAUAAAUCACCAGAUCAGAACGCUCCUGAGGCUCAACGGUACUGUUGUCCAGAGUAAUGAGACAUUACAAGAUAUCGUGCACCUAUACUCAACCCACGCCCAGAUGAGUAUGGCUGGACCAAGAGCUCUUUCUGAUUGUGUACAGGGCACGCGCCGUAAAGUGAAGGACCCCGACCAGCAUCGGCAUCUAAACGAACUUGCGGAGAGGGGUUUACUUUGGGAUAUUGAGUCACUGCGACAAUGGCUACAUAAUCUGGCGCCUGGAAGUGUCCCUACCUCUAGAGGCCGCGUUUUUCAGGGUUCUCAGCGACACCCUAGGAAAGAGGCCAAUGAUAUCAAUAUUUUUACAACAUAUGUAGGAGCUUUACAUUAA